AUGGCGGCGGUUUGGCAGCUUCGCAAACAUUCGCAGCGGUUUCUUCCCAUUGCCGUUGCGUCAAUUUCUACCGCCGGUGCGGCGGCUUUGAAUCCCCGAUACGACCGAGGCCUGCGACAACAUCAACAGCAUCAUCCAACUUCAAUAGCCGUAUCCCAGCCAUUUGACAAUGCUGCCGUCGAAGCCAACAAUUACAUGAAGCCAAUCAUCGACGAAAUGUCUACCUACCCCCCGUCUCCGCUUACCUCCCGCUCUCCUUCGCCGGAUACGGGCUCUCGACCUGAGCCCGACACGGUCAAAGAGAAGCCCGACAAAGGAGAGUGCUCCCUUUCCCAGCGUCUUGAUGUCCUGUUAGCAUCCUAUCUCGAGCUAUUGGACACAUACACAAUACUGCGAGCACAAAUCUCGAAGGAAUUUUCCUCGGGAUUCAUCGCUCUCGCGCAGGCAAAUCGCAACUCUACGCUCGGCCCUGGCAGACGAUAUGGCGAGGAGGGAUAUGACGACCGUAUGAAGGCGUUGAGGACCGUGCAAAUUGAGCGAAGCAGGGUAGGACCGCCUGCAGAAAAUCCCCUUCAGUAUGAAGACGGGGAGAGCGGACAACCAUCCGACUUAGCAGCUGCCGGACAGCACAAGGGCAAAAGGCAGAGGCUUUCGAUAGGAGAAGACGGACUCAAAAAUGAAUCCACAACUACGAAGCGAGGAGAGAUCGAUGAUAAGGAGAGUGACCCGUCCUCCACACACCCCAUACACAACAUGUCUCACCUCGUCUACACCAGCACCACCAGCAUCACCAACUCCCCCCUUUCAACUCCGAGCAAAGACCCCUUGAAAUGGUAUGGAAUCCUCGUACCAUCACCCUUACGACAAUGUCAAACGCAUUUUCAAUCGUCGGUAGUCUCAACAAUCCCGGCACUUCUGAACACGAUAUCUGCACUCCAAAGGCUCGAAGAAGAGAUAUGGGGUGUCCGCCGCGAACUAGGGAUCUUACGUGAGUACGAGCAUCGGCUCUCGGACUCAGCAACGAGCACGGAGUAUAGCAGACGCAUCAACACCGAGGGGGGUGAACACGAGGGUCCAAGCCAUGCUCAAUCCUCCCUCGCAUCGUUCCAAACCCAGCCUUCCAAACCAAUACCCUCAGCACAGUCUCCACCAAAGAUAUCGUCCCUGCCAUACCGAUCUCCUUCAUCCCCAUCCCCACCAUCUGAACUGCGAUCCCGGGUCUUGAAACUCGACUGA